AUGGCAAUUUUAAAACAGCAUGUGAUAAUAAUGAGUGGAUCACCAGUUCAAAUUUGCAUGAAACGUUCUAAAUUGGUCAAAACUUACCAAUUUACACUGGAGCGUAUUCAUCAAGCGCAUAUAAAGUGUCUGAAUUAUAAUACAUCACAUGUCUUGUUAGUAAUUUCUUACAUUUAUCUAAAUCUUACAGCAUUAUCCGUUUAUUUGUUCGGAGAAGGUGGAUUCUGCAACUACACGAGCAAAGUAGCAUUAUGGAGACGCGAUCUGUAUCUCUUUGGAAAUACUAGACCACUCUACGUCCAAAUGAUUUGGAGUGGAAGAGACGAAACAAAUAUUGAGCAACUUGUUAUAGUAAUAGAGGGCUGUAUUACAUAUCACGAGGAACCCAAGAAUCAUUUUAACCUCCGUUUUGCAAUGCAAAAGUGCUGUGAAUUUCAAAAGACGCGCAAUGCAUGUCCUCCACAUUAUAUUGCUGAAUUUGGCAUACUUUCACUUUUCUACCCUGUUUGCUCCCAAAAGGGCUCCCAUUCAUUUCUGCAAGCCCCGGGUAAACCAGAAGGACGUCAAUGCAAAAUCCUCCUUGACUCUGGUGCUGUUAAAUCAUUAAUGAGUUUUCAAGCCUUCCCUGCCCUUUGUCACACGAUUAGGACCCCUUCACUGUUUACAAGACUACGUUUGGCAUUAGGAAAAGAGACGGAAAAUAUUUUCAUCCAAAAUAUUGAGAACGAAGAGAUAAAUGCUUGUGAUUCUCGCCGCGAUGCUACUUUUCUUUUUUUAUUUUUCCCAAAAGUAUAUCAUUCAAGUAAACGGAUAAAGGACAAGACAGAAGGAAAUGCGACGGAUUUUUUGGCAUUUACAGUAAAAUGUCCAAAAGCAUUAAUUGGAUUAUCUUUUAUGUUUGAUUAA